CGAGAGUAGUGGAAGAUUGUUAGGUCUGCCUUGUUAGUACUUUCUGGUGUGCUGAAUCGGGGAGUCGGUACAAUCGUUUGACAAUACUUUUGUUUCAAAAAGUCGGUACUGUGCCGCUCAAUACUUCUAACUUGACAGUUUGUUUCCACAAGACUUUCCGGUUGCACAAGUUUGAGAGCAGCUGAUUUUCUGUCUGCGUUUUUAAUUAAUUCAUCGUGAAUUAUCGCUACCUCUCUGUCGUACUUUUGUAACAGCAUCUCACUGACCGAGCUUUAAAGGAUUAUGGUUCUCAUUGUUCAAUUUAUGAAGAGUUUGUAACGGUUUCUUAACUAGAAAGUGGAGGAAAAAAGCUCUCCGAUAAGGAAGCAGCUCGUUAUGUUUCACCAUCUGUCAGGUGGAAUUAGUAUAUGAAAGAGCCCUACAAUGUGGACAGAGAAGCAACGAGGAAUCAGAGUUACCCAGGAGGAGCUGCUCUGCAAGAACGCCUGUGGGUAUUAUGGAAACCCUGCGUGGCAAGGCUUCUGCUCCAAGUGCUGGAGAGAGAAAGCACGAACAGCAGGAGCCUCGAGGCAAGACACAAGGCCAAGCAAUGAUGGAACUCCUCUCACUUUCUCCAAAUUUGAGGAAAAGAAAAGCACUGAGAAAGGUCGUCGAAUUAACACAAUGAGGAGACUCUUCUGGGGCAGUCCAUCGCCUCCUAAACGUCAAGAGUCUCCUGAAAGCCAUGCACAUGUGUUAAAAGCUUACCAGAGCCUCGAACCCGGGGACUUCACUGGUUUCCUAAAGAUACUAAGGAGCCCUUCGUCCCAGCGCUUGCAGUCUCGAUGUACAGCUUUCCUCAACACAAUGGAGGCAUACCAUGACCUGCCGGUACAGAAACAGUCAGAUCUUGUGCAGGAUUUCUACCAAACUUUUGCUGAAUAUUUCCGAAGUUUUCCUGAGGCUCAGGUCACUCAGAUAAUGGAGCAUGUAGAGAAGUUAUUAAUGACACGACUGCACAAAUGGGUUUUCUGCCAUGACAGCUGUGAUGAUGAACAGAAGGACCUGGCUCUCCAGAGAAGGAUUCGCUCCUUAAACUGGAUCACCCCGCAGAUGCUGAGCGUACCUUUUCCUGAUAAGAAGACUGCAGUCACAGGCGACCCCUUUCUGUCUGCCAUAACAGCUAUAAUUGAAAUGGAUGCCAAAAGAGCGCCUCAGGAUAAACUUGCAUGUGUGUCCAAAUGCAGCCAGCAUAUCUUUGAAGCACUCUCCUCCUCGAACAGUGAGCCUGCUAAUGCUGAUGAUUUCCUGUCAGCCCUGGUUUAUGUGGUCCUGAAGGCCAAUCCACCUCGCCUGCACUCCAACAUGCAAUAUGUGAUUCGUUUUGGUCUCCCUCACAGUCUGAUGGCAGGAGAGAGUGGCUAUUAUUUCACAAAUCUGUCUUGUGCAGUGGCUUUCAUCGAAAAGCUUGACGGACCAGCACUCAACCUGAGUCCAGAAGAGUUUGAGGGCUACAUGCUGCGUCAGCGUGCUCCCUCUAAAGGAAAGAGGCAGCAGGUUGUCAGUGACACACAAAAUCUGUUAGAAGAGCUUAAAGGCAGACAGGAGAAGCUGGACGAAGGGAUGGAUGCCCUCAACGUGCAGCUACAAAAGUGGGUCGAAGCGGUUCAUUCACAACUGGAUGAGGCAAAAGCACAGUUUGAUCUGGUACAGAAGGAGAUAACCACUCAGGCUGAGCUCUCACAGGCUUUGCCAUCUUCAUCUCUUGAUGCAUCACCGCAAGAAGAUGACAAAGACAAGUCGGUGCUGGUGCUUAAGGAUCCCCGUGCAGGUCCACGAGAUACAGACUGCUAGCUAUAUUCAAAAAACACCUAAUCUGGUACUUGACUCUCAUUAAUCACCAGCACUAACUUAUGUAGGCUGCAAAACAAAGACAGAUUUAUAUUCCAAUGCCACAGUUGCACACGUUCCAACAACAGAAAGCUAGGAUUUGUAAACCAGUUCAACAUGAAGGAAAACACUGGUGCAGAAAGGUAGUCUUCUUAUUUAUUGUGGGCAAAAAUUAAUGCUUUAGACACGGAUGAAUGUCCUACUAUAACAAAGAAGGUUUGUCCAUAAUAGUAAGAAACAACAAUGACUAGUAUAUGCUGAAAAGUAAUUAAUAUACAAAACUGUCGAGGACUGGAAAUCUAUCAUAAGAGACUGAUAAAUGAAGAUGGUGCAUCUUCAUUUAUUAAUCUUCAGGAUAUAGCUCUUUUAUAGUCUCUUAUGCUAUGGUUCCAGUCUUUGCAUUUAGUUUUGACAUAUAAAUUGCACUUUCUGCUGAUUUAAUACGCUCAUGAUAAUGAAAUUAAUUUGUUUUGCCCUGACUAUCUUUCUGUGAGUGUAUGUUAUGUACCCUUGCUAGCACUGUGCACCCUUGUACACUAUUCAAGAUUUGGAGCUGUGCAGGCUGCUAUUUUCCAGUAUGUGAACAUGAAGGAAAACUUGUUGAAGGAAACUUGCAUUUGGUAUCAGUGUAGGGCCUUUUAAUGACUUUGAUAAAAAAAAGUGCACCUGUUUCCUGUUUGAGGAUGAAGGCCAUUCCUAAUACAUUCCAGUUUAUAACAACAGAUGUGAUCAAAAUAAAUGUUUAAGCACUCAGGUUACACAGCACUUGGGGAUGUCACCUAACACUUCAAUAGUACUUAUUUAAUAUUCACUUUUUUCUAACAAUGUGUACCAAUGUGCCUCAAUGUUGACUGCUGUGAAAUAAAAUGAAUAUGCUAAAGGAGUUUAUGUUAGAUGUGAAACCACUACAUGUCGGGGGUGCAUUUAGUUAAACCAUAUUUUUCACAGCCGUGGAACCGUUCUCAAUAUGCUGCCUUAAAGAUGAAAUAACGGGUGCAAAACAGUUUGUAACACAUUUUCCAGCCUGCGUUUGUGUGCAGAAGGUAUGUGAUGUUUACAACCAUUUAAGAGUUUCUGAAGAAAUUGUAGGUUUUUAUGUUAUGAUCAAUUCAUGUAUCCAAUAUUAUAUUAAAGUUGACUAGUAUGAUUUAA